AUGUCCACCAUGAUGCGCGCUAUCUUAAUCAAAGAGGGUAAAGGCCCCAUCGAGAACCUAUACAUCGGUGAGGUCGAAAAACCAGUACUCAAGGAGGGUCAAGUGUUAGUGAAGAUCGUCGCAUUUGGUCUGAAUCGCAUGGAUUCAUUACAGAGGGAGGGAAAUUAUCCUCUCCCUCCCGGCGCCUCCACCAUUUUAGGGGUUGAAUUUUCUGGGCGCGUCGACUAUGUCGAACCUGGCGUCACCAAGUGGUCAGUGGGUGAUGAAGUGUUUGGCUUAUCCAGUGGUGGUGCAUAUGCCGAAUACAUCGCAGCAGACCAAGAUUUAUUGAUCAGAAAACCCCCCCACCUAUCAUGGGAAGAUGCAGCAGGUAUUCCAGAGAACUUCGUUACGGCCCAUCAAGCAGUGACUUUAUACGGUGAACUGAAGAGGAACGACAACGUCCUCGUACAUGCUGGUGCCUCAGGAGUAGGCAUUGCAGCGAUACAGAUGGCUCGCAGUUUUGGCGCGAGGUCUGUCACAGCAACAGCAUCAAACAAGGAAAAGUUAGACUGGCUUCUGUCCAUCCCGAGCGGUGCAACCGAGGUCGCAAACUAUAGGACAGAAGAUUUUUCAACAACAGUCAAAAAUGCUACCGAUGGAAGAGGUGUCGAUGUGAUAGUUGAUUUCGUUGGGCGUACCCAUUGGGAGAAGAAUAUUGAUUCUCUUGCUCUUGAUGGCAGAAUGACAAUACUUGCUACACUGAGUGGUGAGAUCGCUCUUGAUCACGUGGCUACUGAUCCCAAUGUCAGUCGCAAAGGCGGCGUGGUCCCCAAGGUAGACUUAGGUCCUAUCCUUUACAAGCGUUUAAAGAUCCAGGGGUCGACUCUGCGGUCUCGAAGCUUGGAAUACCAGUCCAACCUCAUUAACAGGUGUGCUCGGAAUUUUGUAGAGUUCCCAAAGGUAGAGGUUAAACGCCCUUGCAGCGCAGCUUUUCAGGACGUAGUCUCCAAGAUAACAGGCAGCGAGGGGGACGGACCAAUGCGCGUUUAUAUUCACAAAGUGUUUCCCUGGACGGAGAUACAGGCAGCCCACAAGGAGAUGUCGGACAACAAGAACUUAGGGAAGAUCGUUUGUAGGAUUUCGUAG